AUGACCGCGGACAGGUCUGAGCCAUAUGAAGAUAGCGCUGACGUCAGUGCUUCAACCUUCACAACUGAUCGCGCCGUGGUUGCUGCUCCAUUGCAGCGGACGCAACAACGGCAAGAUGGAUCUCUUAGUGAAGAAAGAGGCGGAGUUCUCGACGCCGAGAAAGCUACAGACAAGAACGCGGCGCAGCCCCGGGACGAAGACAAGGAACCGUACAGCAUCUACACGCGCCGCGAGCGGUGGUGCAUCGUGCUCACCGUGGCGUUUGCUGGGGUCUACAGCACGCUCCCAGCGACGAUCUACUUCCCUGCGGUACCUCUGAUAGGUGUCUCGUUCGGCGUGUCGCAGGAGGCGAUCAAUCAGACUGUGACUGCCUAUCUCGUCAUGCAAGGCAUUUCUCCCAUGCUCUGGGGACCCCUCUCAGACCGCUAUGGCCGACGACCCGUAUACCUCGCCUGCCUGACCGUCCUGCUGGGCUCCUGCGUCGGCCUCGCCCUGUGUCCCGAGAAUGCAUUCUGGCUGCUGAUUUUCCUCCGCCUCUUCCAAGCUGGUGGGUGCGCUAGCAUGAUCGCCCUUGGCGCAGGCGUGACUGGUGACAUUGCAACACCGGAGGAGAGGGGCGGUUACUUCGGCUUCUUUAACCUUGGACCCAUGCUUGCCACAUGCGUCGGUCCAGCGAUUGGCGGUGCUUUAGCUGACGGACUGGGGUGGAGGGCCAUUUUCUGGGCUCUCGUCAUCAUGGCCGCCAUUUGUAUGGUGCUCAUCUCCCUUUUCCUCCCCGAAACCCUCCGCAGCCUCGUCGGCAACGGAUCCAUCCGACCUCCAAAUCCUGUCCUCAAUCAGCCGGUCAUCAAGGUGUUCGGCCGCGGCGUGCGGACCCAUCCAGCCCCAAAACGAGACCCGUCCGCCAAGAAACCCUCCAUCAACCCUUUCAUCCUCUUCACAUACCCUGAUGUCGCCCUGACCUUGAGCUUCAACGCGGUGACGUACUCGGUAUACUACUCCAUCAUGGCGACCACCUCUUCCGCGCUGGAACACGCGUAUCCGUGGCUCUCGACCACGUUGCUCGGGAUCGGAUACCUACCAACAGGCCUGGGCAUGAUUUUGGGAGCGACAUUGACGGGGAAGUUGCUCGACCGGGAGUAUGCAAGGGCAAAAAGCCGGCAUGCAGCCGUGGUAGCUGAAGCAGAAACUGCUGCUGCUGCUGUGGCGGGGGGGAGCAGCGCCGUGGAGGUCCCAAGGUUUCCAAAGGAGCACGCGCGGCUGAGGACGAUGCCGGCCCAUGUUGUGCUGAUGGCGGCUGCGGUCGUGGGCUGGGGCGCGUGUAUCGGGCAUUCUGUGCCCAUCGCGGCGCCCCUAGUACUGCAGGCUAUCCUUGGGUAUACGGGCAUGGCUGUUCUCAACUCGACAACGACGCUGAUGAUCGACAUCUUGCAGUCCCGAAGUUCCUCGGCAACUGCAUGCAUAAACUGCACCCGCUGUUUAUUGGGCGCCAUGAUGGUGGGAGUGACGGAGCGCAUGGUGUCUUCGGUACUGGGGUAUACCUGGGCAUAUCUUCUCCUCGCGGGCAUCUGUCUGCUCUGCAUACCAUUGAUGUAUCUUGAGAUGAAGAUUGGGCCCAGGUUCCGAAUCCCACGGGACAAGGCCGCCGAGGAAGAUAGCAAGAAGGCUGGGACUGGCGUAUAG